AUGUCGUCGGCCUCUCCUUCAAAGGAGCCAGAGGUGGACCCAGGAACUCAGUCAGGCGACGACGCGGAGCAUAUGGAACGGGAACACCAAGAUACACAAGCGCAAGGCCAGGGAGAAUUUGAGGUGAAAGAGCAGGAUCGAUGGCUUCCAAUCGCAAAUGUUGCUCGAAUAAUGAAAUCCGCCCUCCCAGAAAAUGCCAAAAUCGCAAAAGAGGCGAAAGAGUGCAUGCAAGAAUGCGUGAGCGAGUUCAUCUCGUUUAUCACCAGCGAAGCUUCGGAGAAAUGUCAACAAGAAAAAAGGAAGACUGUCAAUGGGGAAGAUAUCCUUUUUGCUAUGACCUCACUCGGAUUCGAAAACUACUCCGAAGCGCUAAAGAUCUAUCUUUCAAAAUAUCGCGAAACCCAAUCCUCAAGGGGGGAGAACCAGAACCGGCCACCGAGCAGCGGGUACGGCUCCGGCGGACCAGUCGGAGGUGCAGCCAGCGGUGCCCCCGGUGGGACUGGGAAUGCAGGCGCAACGGGGUCUUCCGGUUUCUCAGUCCCUUCCGAGGGGUCCAACAACAUAUUGAGCCCGAACCUCGACCCGAACGAGCAGAGCAGCGCGACAUACGGAUAUUCCACCAUGGUGGGGCCUUCACACAACGGUGUCGGUGGCGAGACCUACUAG